AUGGAGGACGAACUUGAGAAAAAGCUAAGACAGUCAGCCGACGACCAGGAAUCAGAGACCUCUGAGGCUGAAGAAUCUGAAGACGAGGAGGAAUCCUUACAUAAAGAGCCAGUCAAGGAGCCCAAUGGCAACUAUGACCAGCUCAAUGGGGCCACUCUGGCACAGAAAGAUGAAAUCAUUAGGAAGUUACAGGAUAGUAACACUAAGUUACGACAGAAAUUGGAGGAAGUAGUAGACCGGGCUACUACAAAACUUCAGAAAGAAAGCGUCCAGUACCAAAAAAUAAAAUCUCAGAUCGAGGAGUACAAGACACAGUAUAAGAUUAAGUCGAAGGAGCUAAAUAAUGUACAUAAGAAACUUGAAAUCGCCCAGAAGGAAAUCCGAACACUUACUUAUAAGGUAGAGACGACUUCUAAUGAAGAGAUACUUAACAAUUUAAUGUCCAAGAACAAAGAGCUGAAGAAGAAGAAUGAAGACCUUAAGAAGGAAAUCAGAGCCUGUGAGAAAAUCCAGAAUGAACAGAGUAAGGAACUCAUGAAAGUCAGUGAAGAAAAAGACUUUUAUUAUAAAAUACGGUGACUCACUGAAGAACUCCGCAUGCAGAAGAGCAGGUUCAAGGAAGUCAAUGAUAAGUUCCAUAAAGAACGCAAGCUCACUGAUAAGUUAAAGGAUAAGAUCAGGGAUCUGGAGAUCAAAGUUAAGCAAACUAGAAACGAUGCCGAUCCUAAUAAUAGCGCACCUAAUGGCAGAGAUAUCAUGAUAACUGCUAAAAUGGAGGAUUUAGAGAUCACAAAUAAUAGACUGCAGAGGAAACUUGACACUGCGGCUAAAAAGUUAAAGACAAACAAAAUUAUGCUAGGUAAAGAAGCCAAAGAUUGCAGAGAAGAACUUGAAAAAUUGGAACUAAUGUUCCGUGACAAGGAUAAAGAGUGAAGACUGUUGACUAUUAGGCUAAAAGAAAUGCAAAGAAUGGGAAAAUUCCCUAAGUUAAAGCCCCUAGACCUUGACACUCUUAAAGAUUACAACACAGAAGGAAGAGCUAAAAGUACUAUGAGGAAUCAAGAAAACGAUCUGUUUAAUCCGAGAAUAAACUAUACUAAAAAUACGCCUCAAAAUAGAAGAAAAUUGAGCACUACAAGAUCGAUUUCAAAAGGCAAAUUUACGGUCCGCAAAAACAUGGGUCCAUCUGCAAACCACAUCUCCCUAGGCCCUGACUCAGAGCCACAUAACAAAUCUGUGCUAAUUCCGAAUAAGAAGAUAUCAAAGAUAGCGAAAGUGCAUGAUAUGUCAAGAAAUGACCAAGACAGCCCAGAAAAGAUCAAAACUGUGCCUAAAAGCGUGAAAGCGAAUUAUAAGAAGGAAAUCCCGAAAGAUAAGAUUAUUACUUCACAAGAGAAGUUACAGAAUACGGUGGAUGUGCAGAAGGUCGUCAGAAAACUAAACAAAGGAGCUUCCAAAGAGCAUAACAUCAAUCCGAUAUCAAGCCUUCAGUCUGAUAACUUCACAAUCCACCAGAAGCCUACUGCUGUUACAGCUCAGAAAUACAAAACUCCUGAACCGGAGGAAGAGGAAGAAGAAGAGGAGUCUGAAGAGGAAGAGAGUGAGGAAGAAAGUGUUGCAAUACCAACGAAGAAAGUAGUAGAAGAAGAGAAGACUGUUAGUGCUUCAAUUCAAAAUGACCAAAUGGCUAAAGAAGAGAAAAUGGAAGACAUUGAAAGUUAUAAAUCCACUAGUAGUAAUCGUAAGGCGCUUUCUCAAGCAACAGAGGGUUAUAUUGAGGAUGUCAUUCAGAAAGUCUCUGGAACUGGAAAACGUGAGAAAAAGGUGAAGGAAAAAAAUGUACAACAAGACGUAAUUAAGAGUAUUCAGUCUCUUGUAAGUCAAAGGAAGAGCAGUCAAGCUGUAACGAAGCUUCCUACAAGAGUCACAGAAAAGCUUAAGGAGGACUCUGACUCUGAAGGGUCCAACAUAGAAGACUCUUCCUUUAAAGAUUACAAAAUCUAA